AUGAAUACAGUAGCAUCAUCUGAAUCAAUUGCAUCAUCAUCAUCGAUCGAUGGUGAAAAGGAAUUAAGAAGCUCCUUUGAAAAGUUACUAUCAUCGGAAAUGUCAAAGGUUGCCUUGUUAGAGACUGAAAAUAUUAAAUUAAAGGCUGAAUUGGCAAAGAUUUCAAAUAUAAAUCUAAGAGAUGAAUUAUUUAGAUUGGAAGAAGCCAAUAGAGUGUUGAGUGAAAAGUUGGCAACAGAAACCACAAAGAAUCUAUUUUUAGAGAAUCAAUUAAAAGGAACUUCUAUUGCUUCUACUUAUUCUUUAAAUGGAAACAACCACCAUAAUACUACUACAUCUACUACACCAUCACCAGCAACAUCAUCGGCCACUGCCAAUGGAGCCGCCAAGAAACCACCUGCUACCAUCAUCAAAGAUAUUACAGUACCAAGAAAAGUUGUCGAAGCCGAAAAGAAUUCCUCAAGAACAUAUACAGCCUAUUUAAUUGAAGUUGAAGUUGAUCAAAAAAGAUACAAACAAUUUGUAUUACUUCAAUCACAAUUUGUUAGAAUGUUUGGUGAACAUGAUACACCAAGUCUUCCAGCCAAGAAAAAUGGUAUUUACUUUUCAUCUGACGACCAUACUGAAAAGAGAAGAAUCGGUCUCCAAGAAUACUUAAAGAUAAUUGUAAAUCAUCCAGUCAUGAGCCAAGCUCCAUUUUUCCUACAAUUUGUCAAAGAUGACAAUGAAACCUCUACAACCACUUCAAAAUCUCACUAA